AUGUGGCUAGCCAGCGCUUGCCUAGUAAUUAGUCUUCUGCCGCCUCUGGCGGCAGGAGAUCUGCUUGUCCCAUCGCAGUCUGCAACCUGUCCACGAAGCAGUGGGAGUGUCUUCAUGCAGUAUCGUUCAACUUCGAGGCUGACCGCUGCUUUCGAGCACUCAGCUUCCUGGGUUGCCUCAGCCUUCGGGGACUGCACUCGCAUCUGCCCUGAGUCUCUCAAAGUUCCACGUCCUAAUCUGGCUUUCCAGCAGCGGCAUUUGACUUGCAAUUCGACUUCUGGCGACCCCUUGCCCGAUGUGGCUUGCGAGCACCUCUUCAAACCGAGACGGUUCAGGCGCUGCCACUGUGGUGUCAUCGGCUGCACGGACGGCUGCAAGUCAAUCGAUGAAGUGGAGGACGAGAUUGAAGGGAGUGACGACACAGAUGCCCAAGCGGAGCAUGACACUGACUUUGAAUGUGUUGGCUGCUUCGCCGCAGGAGACGAGGGAACUUCGCAAGAUGGAGCCGAUGAGACCUGCAUCGACUGGGCACAGGAUGCACCUUGCCGUGGUGGUAUGCCGUUCUACCGCAUGCACUCCAACGAGCUUACAGCAUCCUUGUGCUUCGAGUUCUGCAUCAGCCAAGGCUUGGACUUGUUUGCUCUGGUUGAAAACGACGAAUGCCGGUGUGGAGCAACUCGACUAAACACGGCAGUCUGGGGAGCAAAUCCUCGGCCUGGACUCAUGUUGCCAGCUCCGCUGAGUGAUUGCGUGACUGGGGACACAUGCCCCAUGCGAGUGUAUCGAUGGCUGGGUCCUUUCGAAAGUGGCGGGUCUGUCCGAGCACGGCUUCUGAAGCCGAAUGCAGCUGCAACGGCUUACGUUGACUCAGUGGUUGCGGGCAGGCGACUUACACCAGCACAAGAAGAGGAUGGCAUUCCACUGGACGGUGACACCGAUGACGAUGUGGCGGCAUCCCUCGUGCAAGGCGGAACAGGCAAUCCGAUGUGGGAGCGACCUUGCAACGACAACCCAGGCUGCCAGGCCGGCAGGCCUUGGAUCGAGCGCACGACCCAGGCACCGGAGGGUAUGAUUCCACAGUGGGAAGAGUACGUGAUCGUGCGGUACAAGUUCGACACAGACGUUGAUGACGUUCGGAAGGAGGCUUUCAGAGCUGCAGCCGCAGACUGGCGCACGCACACGUGUGUCGGGGUCAUUGAGGAUGACGCUGCUUCCAACCCCUACUAUCUCAUUGGCAUCUACGACACUGGCAGCUGCUGGUCCAACUUAGGCAGGCCUUGGAGCUAUGGCAGGAUCAAUCUGGGAUGGUGUAAGAACAUGAACCACAAGGGUAGCAUGAUCCACGAACUGGGACACUGCCUGGGGUUAAACCAUGAGCAGAAGCGGGCAGACGCACAAGCGGAGUAUUAUGGAAAGGGCCCCGCCUUGCAGAUGUAUUGGGAGAACGUUGACAGCCGCUGGGUGUCUCAGUACCUUCCUUCUGAGAGAACCUACAUCGGCUCUGCGGACGACGGUGGAGCGGAUCCGCAAAUUGGCCAUGCGACUUACGACUAUGAGAGUAUCAUGCACUACUACCGCCAGAGAAGCAAAAAUCGCACAAUUGCGAACGGGUACUACUUCGAUGCCGUUCCUACAUCAAACAACAAACUGGUGGGAAAUCGGGACCACUUGUCGGAAGGUGACAUUAAGCAGGUGUUGGAUGCCUAUCGAUGCCGGCCGAUCGGUGCCACGACUGCGACUACAACGAUCGCUACGACGACCCCCGCACCUACAACCACAACGACAACAACAACGACCACCACGACGACCACCCCCACGACGACAACCCCGCCGCCGCCACCGACGACCACCACCACCACUACGACGACAAUUACCGAAGCAGCGACCACGACCUCGGUGGCCGCUAGCACCUCUGCAGGAACCACAUCGCAAGGUCCCUCGACCACGCAGGCAGGUGGCUAUUCCAAUCUCGAAGUUGGCGAGAUUCUUUUAGCAGGCGACAGUCAGGGAUGGCAGAGCUUUUCUUUCCAGAGAUCUUUUGCCCAGCCGCCCGUCGUUGUGGUACUGCCAGUGGUGACCGACGGAGAGACAACCCCAAGAAGUGUGCGGAUUAGAUCCGUGUCCACGUCAAGUUUUGAGGCUCUCAUUGUGAUACCGCCAGGGGCGACCAGCAGCCGACCGGACAUGACGGUGUCCUACAUGGCUGUGCUUCCAGGAGCGCAUGUGCUGCCGGAUGGCCGAAAAGUUGAGGCCGGGCUCAAGGAGACAUCGGCCAGACAAGUUGGCAAAUCGUGCAAGGCUUCGGGAGUUGCUGCGAGCUGGGACAAGAUCAGCUUCAACACGCAGUUCUCCUCUAAGCCAGCAGUCGUCGCGAAUCUGCAGACCGCAAACAACGAACAAGGUGCUGUGCCACAAUUCUUUUCCAAGCCCUGGCUUACACUGGCUUGUAAGGAUGUGUCAGCGACUACAGUGUCCAUCGCGCUGGACUCGGCAGAGACGUCGAAAGUUGGAGACGUCACGCAGACCGAAGAAGUCGGCUACGUUGCCAUGGAAACCGGACAAGGCACAUUUGCCACGGAGAUUGGGGGUGCCCCGGUUUUCUACAGUGCAGUCUUGACAGGAAGUGUCGUGAAGGGUCUUGACGAUGGAGCUGUGGAGGUGUCGCUGGCUACCGACAUGAUGACCGAGUCCCCACUUGUGGUGGGAAGCCAAUCGUCGCGGAACGGUGAGAACGGGGGCUGGCUCAGAAUGUCCUCCGCGUCCGGCUCCUCAGUGCAACUGGUCAUAGACGAGGAUAUCUAUUGUGACAGUGAGCGCAAACACAUUGAGGAAGCAGCAAGUAUCCUCGCCUGGUCGAGGGUUUUCUCCAUGGGCUCGUCGACUCCCAUCACCACGACGACGACAACGACGACCACAACCACGACCACGACCACGACAACCACAACCACAACGACCACAACGACCACAACCACAACGACCACAACGACCACAACAACCACAACGACCACAACGACCACUACAACCACAACGACCACUACGACCACCACAACCACGACGACCACAACGACGACAACGACCACAACGACCACAACGACCACUACCACUACAACAACAACGACUCCGGCAGGGACUACAACGACAAGAACCCUGGCUGCUGCACCAAGCUUGGAAGUGGGCGAGGUGACGGUGCGAAGCGGGGAAUGGACCAGCUUUUCAUUCAGUGCAGCCUUUGCCGAAAAGCCGGUUGUUGUGAUUGCAGUCUCUGGAGAAGGUGAUGGGCCUGCAGCUAUCCGCCUGCAAGGCAUCAGUAAUAUUGGCUUCCAAGCCAUCGUUGCUACGCCACCGGAGACAGGCAGCGUGGUCAGUCAGAUGACUGUCACCUUCGUGGCCAUGCCCCCAGGCAUCGCUCAGCUCCCAGGUAGUGGCCUAUGGCUGGAAGCCGGCCGCGAUGCGACCUCGAAGCUCGCAGCCAGCAAGAAGUGCCGGCCUGCAGGAGGACUUCAGACGUCUUGGCACAAAGUCAACUUCCAGCACAAGUUCCCGGAGAAGCCCGCUUUUCUCACAACGAUCCAGACAAGGAACAACGAAGCCGGGCUGCCGGCCUUGGACUCCCAGCCCUGGUUCACUGUGGGGGUCAACAGCGUGAAUCCUACGGAUGCUUGGGUCGCCUUGGAGAUGGCGGAGACGUCAGAGCACGGAGGCUCGAGCAUCCAGGACGAGGAGGUUGGAUGGAUCGCCGUUCAGCAAGGUGCGCACUCCAUCCAGGCUGCUACAGGUCAAACGAUUCAAUGCGCAUCUGUCUAUUCUACACGAAGCGUGCCUGGUUGGCAAAAUGGCGGGGCCACAGUUCCACUUGGUACGGACAUCGGAAGCACGAGUCCCCUGGUGGUCGCAAGCCAAUCGAAAAGGUGGGGAGGUGACGGCGGCUGGGUACGAGUUCUGGGAGCCACCAGCUCCUCUGUUCACGUUGCCAUCGACGAAGACAGGAACUGCGAUACUGAAAGAAAGCACACCAACGAGGAAGUAAGCGUCCUUGCCUUCUCCGACCGGUGCGUCAUCUGA